CGCCCAUCAUGAGACAGUGAUAUGGAGAGACAGGUCAUUUACAGCCUUUUUUAGCGCACGGAGGAAUAUUUUUGACAUGGAUUAUUGUUUUUAUCACUUCGUGGUAUUAACUCGGAAAGAAAGGAGCAAUAAAGUAAACUGAGGCGCAGUCAUGCAGGUGUGUAUGAGACGGCUGGCUCUUUACCCCCUGCGUGCAGCUGGGGCGAGCCGAGGCAAAGGGACCCUCCUGUGCGUAGCGGCCCGCCACCUGUCGCCCGGCGCACGCACCCUGUUCAGCGAGACCGGGGUGUGGGAGCGAGACUACCGGACCGAGACCAGACACAAAGUGGAACAAUGGUGGCACCCGCGGAUCAUGGCACAGUGGCAAAAGGACGCACAGGCAGAGAACUCCAACAGAAAGAAGUUUUAUGUCCUCUCCAUGUUUCCGUACCCGUCGGGGCGACUGCACAUGGGCCACGUUCGAGUGUAUACCAUCAGCGACACCAUCGGCCAUUUCCAGAGAAUGAGAGGUCAUCAGGUGUUGAACCCAAUGGGCUGGGAUGCUUUUGGACUUCCAGCUGAGAAUGCGGCCAUAGAGAGAGGUCUCGAUCCAGAGGAGUGGACCAAAAGUAACAUCCAGGCCAUGCGGGAGCAGCUGGACAGCCUGGGACUCUGCUUCAACUGGGACCGGGAAGUGACCACUUGUCUUCCAGACUACUACAGAUGGACGCAGUAUCUCUUCAUCAGGCUCUUUGAAGCGGGCCUGGCGUACCAGAAGGAGGCUGUUGUGAACUGGGAUCCCGUCGAUCAGACAGUGCUGGCUGAUGAGCAGGUGGAUGAAAAUGGCUGCUCCUGGAGGUCUGGGGCUCUGGUGGAGCAGAAACUACUCAAACAAUGGUUCAUCAAGACGACAAACUACGCCAAGCCGCUACUGGACGCCCUGCAGGACCUUCCGGAGUGGUAUGGGGUCAAAGGCAUGCAGGCCAACUGGAUCGGGAAAUGCACCGGCUGCUACUUCGAUUUCAGACUCAAGGUGAACGGUGAGGAGACGGCGGAGACCCUGUCGGCUUACUGCUCCUCCCCGGAGGCGGUGUUCGGCGGGGCUUACCUGGCCAUCCUGCCCUCCCACAGACUGCUGAACGGCAGCAGCGCCGUCCGCCCCGCCCUGCAGAAACACUUCCAGCCUGGCCGAGACUCCCUGACAGAGGUCGUGGCUCACAACCUGUUCACCGGCCAGGAUGUUCCCCUGGUCAUCUCACGCAAGGAGGCUUUCGAAGACUAUCUGGACACGGUGCUCGGUGUCCCAGACUGCAGUGAGGAUGAUCUGUCUGUCGCCUCUGCUUUAAACCUGCGCUGGACCACGGUGCUGCAAACCGACGACGACGGGACGCAGACCCUGAUCAACUCUGCCGAGUUCUCAGGCCUCAGCAGAGAGCAGGGCUUUGAAGCCAUCACCCAGAAGGCCGUGCAGCAGAAGGUUGGAGGACACUUAACCAGCUCCAAGCUCCGGGACUGGCUGAUAUCCAGGCAGCGGUACUGGGGCACGCCCAUUCCCGUGGUGCACUGUGGGUCCUGUGGUCCAGUCGCCGUCCCCGAGGAGGAGCUCCCGGUUACCCUGCCGAAGCUGUCUCUCACGGGAAAAGGAGCGUCGCCCCUGGAGGCUGCGCACGACUGGGUGAACUGCGAGUGUCCCAGAUGUAAGGGCCCGGCCAGGAGGGAGACCGACACAAUGGACACGUUUGUGGACUCAGCAUGGUAUUACUUCAGAUACACAGACCCUCAGAACCAACACAGGCCUUUUGAGCGCCGCCUGGCUGAUCACUGGCUGCCAGUGGACGUAUACAUCGGAGGGAAGGAGCAUGCGGUCAUGCACCUGUACUACGCUCGAUUCCUCUGCCACUUCUGCAGGGAUCAGGGUCUUGUGGCUCACAGGGAACCUUUUUGGAAGCUCCUUGUCCAGGGGUUGAUCAAGGGCCAGACCUUCAGACUCGCUGAGAGCGGGCAGUACCUGAAAAGAGAAGAAAUAGACUUCACAGGUAAAGAGCCCGUCGCACUGGGCGGCGGUCGCGUUGAAGUGACGUGGGAGAAGAUGAGCAAGUCCAAACACAACGGCCUGGACCCCCAGGAGGUGGUCCAGCAGUACGGCCUGGACACCGUUCGACUCUACAUCCUCUCCGCCGCGCCGCCCGAGCAGGACAUCCUCUGGAACGUCAAGACGGACACUCUUCCGGGAGUUAUUCGGUGGCAGGCUCGGCUGUGGCAGCUGGUGACCAAGCUGAGGGGAGCGCGGCAGUUCGAAGACCCCCCGAACCCCUCCCUGCUGAAAAAGAAGGAGCUGGCAGAGGCCAAAAAGAUCUGGCAGAACAAGAAUUACACCAUUCAGGAGGUCACGGCUCACUUCACUGAGGACUUCCUCUUCAACGCAGCCAUCUCCCGCCUGAUGGGCCUCACCAACACCCUCAAUAGCGCUACAGCCAGAGUGUUGCUGCACAGCGUGGAGUUUGAGGAAGCUCUCGCUGCCCUGGUCAAGAUGGCGGCACCCAUGGCUCCUCACUUGGCUUCCGAACUGUGGGCAGGUCUGUGCCAGGUGAAAAACCCCCUCAGCCCCGUCCUGCAGCGCGGAGGAGACGUCCUGCAGCAGGCCUGGCCAGCGGUGGACCCGCAGUACCUGGAGGCCCCUGACUUCGUAGAGCUGGCUGUGCUGAUAAACAACAAGUCCUGCGGCACGGUGACGGUGCCUCUGCAGGCGUCUAAAGACAGCGGCCGGGUGGAGCAGCUGGUCCUGGAGAGCUCCAUCGGCCAGAAGCUUCUCCGCCAGCGCAGCAUCAAGCGAGUCAUCCUCUCCCCGAGGACGGCGCUCAUCAACUUCCUGGUUGAUGAGUGAUGUUUGGACCUGUGCCACUAUUUUUUUUUUCCUUUUUUUUUUUGCAACUAAAUGGACGUGGAUGUCUGUCACUCAGCAGAGGCUAAAGAUGUGGAUUUCUAAAUGUCAUAUAUAGAACAGAUGAAAUCCAGUUUACAUCAGCUGUCGUACUGUCAAUGUAAAUAAUUCUAAAGGCUUUUUAUUUAUAUUAUUUUGAAUAAUAAAAAGAAUCAAAAAGCA